AUAAUGGCCGACCGCGAGGAAGCGGAGUUGUCCGAGUCCCUUCAGAAGGAGGACGGGCUUUCCAGCGAGCCAGAGGAACCUGGCACGGACUUCAAAUGUAAAAGUUUGCCUGUUCUAAACGAAGAAGCGCCUCAAGAGGAAACACUACUGGCUAGUUCUGCGUCCAUAGCGGCGGAAGAGAGCGCAGAGUUCAUCCAGCUCUCAGCCAAGACCGAGUCCUUUCAGGCCGAGUCCCCGACCAAGACAAACUACCAGCCCAAGCCGGGGAAGUCGGCGCUGAACAGGCCGAGCUCGUACAUGGAGAACACGGAGAUCCGUAGGAGUAAAAACAUGGCAAGGAGGAAGCCGCCGGGGAUUUUCGCCUCCAGGCUGGCUCGGAUACGUCUGCCCAGUAGGAAGUACCUGAGCGUUAUCAUACAGGACUCUCGCUGCUUCCUGUUCUGCAUGUGCUACCUGACCUUCAUCCAGUCGCUCAUGGUGUCCGGCUACCUCAGCAGCGUCAUCACCACCAUCGAGAAGCGGUACAGCCUGAGGAGCUCCGAGUCGGGCCUCCUCGUCAGCUGUUUCGACAUAGGGAGCCUCCUGGUGGUCGUCUUCAUCAGCUACUUCGGUGGGCGUGGCCAGAGGCCUCGCUGGCUGGCGGUGGGCGGCAUUUUCAUCGCCGUGGGCGCCGCCCUCUUCUCCUUACCUCACUUCAUCUCCCCGCCCUACCAGAUCAAGGAGGUCAACUCGUCCGCCGGCAACGAGGGCCUCUGCAUGAACAGCAACGCCAGCGGCAGGGACCGCGUCGACAUCACUUCCUGCCCCCGGGACCAGGAGGGCAACGAGCACAACCUGUACGUGGCGCUGUUCGUCAUCGCUCAGAUCCUGGUGGGCAUGGGGUCCACGCCCAUCUACACGCUGGGGCCCACCUACCUGGACGACAACGUCAAGAAGGAGAACGCCUCGCUGUAUCUAGCCAUCAUGUAUGUGAUGGGAGCACUGGGUCCAGCAGCCGGUUACCUGCUGGGAGGAGUCCUCAUCGGCUUCUACGUGGACCCAAAGACCGCCGUCACCAUCGAUCAAAGCGACCCCCGCUUCAUCGGCAACUGGUGGAGCGGGUUCCUGCUGUGCGCCGUGGCCAUGCUGCUGGUCAUCUUCCCCAUGUUCACCUUCCCCAAGAAGCUGCCGCCCCGACACAAGAAGAAGAAGAGGAGGAAAAAGGUGAGCAUGGACGACAUGUCCAGCGACGACGACGUCCUCAAGGAGAAGAGCAACAACGGCAAGAACCAGGCCGUCACCUCCUCCAUGGGCUUCGGGAAGGACAUCAAAGACCUGCCCAAAGCGGCAGUGAGGAUCCUCAGCAACGUGACCUUCCUGUUCGUCAGCCUCUCCUACACGGCAGAAAGCGCCAUAGUCACGGCUUUCAUCACCUUCAUCCCCAAGUUCAUCGAGUCCCAGUUUGGCAUCCCGGCCUCCAGCGCCAGCAUCUACACCGGUUUGAUUAUCGUGCCGAGCGCCGGCGUGGGCAUCGUCCUGGGCGGCUACAUCAUUAAGAAGCUGAAGCUUGGAGCUCGAGAGUCGGCCAAGCUGGCUAUGAUCUGCAGCGGAGUAUCGCUGCUCUGCUUCUCCACGCUGUUCAUCGUGGGCUGCGAGAGCAUCAACCUGGGAGGAAUCAACAUCCCCUACACCACAGGACCGACCCUCACCAUGACCCAGAGGAACCUGACCGGAGGCUGUAACGUGAACUGCGGCUGUAAAAUCCACGAGUACGCUCCGGUCUGCGGCUCUGAUGGCAUCACGUACUUUAACCCCUGCCUGGCCGGCUGCAGCAGCGUGGCCAACGACAGCACCGGGAUCCGGAACUACUCGGACUGCGCCUGCGUCCAGAGCCGCCAGGUCAUCACGCCGUCGUCCAGCGGUCAGGGCAGCAACCAGCUGCAGCUCGUCAUCGUGAAGACCUACCUGAACGAGAACGGAUACGCCGUGUCGGGGAAGUGCAACCGCGCCUGCAGCACCCUCAUCCCCUUCCUCAUCUUCCUCUUCAUCGUCACGCUCAUCACCGCCUGCGCCCAGCCCUCCGCCAUCAUCGUCACGCUCAGGUCGGUGGCGGAGCAGGAGAGGCCGUUCGCUCUGGGAAUGCAGUUCGUCCUCCUCAGGACUCUCGCCUACAUCCCGACGCCCAUCUACUUCGGCGCCGUCAUCGACACCACCUGCAUGUUGUGGCAGCAGGACUGCGGCGUCCACGGCUCCUGCUGGGAGUACGACGUCACCUCGCUGCGCUUCGUCUACUUCGGCCUCGCCGCCAGCCUCAAGUUCUUCGGCUUCCUCUUCAUCUUCCUCACCUGGUACUCCAUCAAGUACAAGGAGGAGAAGGUGGAGCGCUGGCUGAAGCGCCACCUGUCGCCCGUCGACACCGUGGGCAGCCUCGUCUGCCACCCGGGCGGCCACAAGGGACACGCCCGCACCCGCUCCUGCCCCGUCAACAUCCCCCGGACCGACCCCGGCGCUCUGCACCCCAACGCGCCGCCACGCGCCGCCCUCAACCGCGGCGUCAGCACCCAGAGUUGCCCGGGCAACGAGCUCAAAGCAAUAACUCCCCCACCCGCAGGCGCCCCGUCACCUGCGGCGCCGCCACCCGCACCCGGACCGGCCCGCUCUCUGGAACACGUGUCAGUCAGAGUGUGAGUGUCAGAAGGGGCGGGGCGGCGGGGGCGAUGAGGAAGGUCUUCACCCACCGACUUUUAUUCUGAAAGGGCGGCA